AUGCCCCGACAUGAGGAGUUCAUGUUCGAUUCAUCUGCUUUCUCGGGGGACGCGAUCGACCGUCUACGAGCACUCUGCGGAGCCUCGGGGGCUCGAACUGGCAGUACCAGGUUCGAGAAGGCACGUACGAUGAGUGGUCGGUUAGUGGAAGGCAUCGUGGCUUGCAGACGUCUGCCGAAUUUUGUCAAACAAGUCCUGCGCAGCGAAGAACGGCUGCGCCUGUAUAGCACCGUCCAGGCCCAGGUUGAAGGCAAGCUAAUCCUGCAAUUGGAUCGAGACCGUCGAGUCAAAGUGUGCCGAAGAACGUCGAAGGACUUAAGUGCGACCAUCUUGGAAUCAGCGGAAUUAGCGCGGGCUUAUCUUACCGCACUCUCCCUCAUGCUUAGUCAAACCAAGAAGAUCAGCUAUGACUUCAACAAGACGAUCCACUUUUACUUCUUUACGCGGACAACAGCGAAUAGCCACAAAGCAGUCCGGGUGCCUUUCUUCGAAGGAAUGUAUCGGCUCCAAAAAGCUCACCGACCGGAAAGAGGUUCGGUCUAUCAACGGCUUAAUGGUCACCUCAUGGACGGCGAGUGGGGUAUAAUGUGCACCUCCAUAACCUCACCCGUUUUAGUGAUGUGGGCAAAAUCGCGGCAUUUUUGA